AUGAGUGGCAAUUCAAAUCAGAGAACUUUGUUCCAGACUUGGGGUGCCUCUGUGUCCCAAAACAAAGCUGCUCAACCGGUAAAAGAUGCUAAAAAGACCGCUGGAGUACACAGACCAACUUCAAGCAACAUCGCUCAGGUAGCUAAAACACAUCCUCCUCGAAAUGGUCUGGGGACAGACUUUGGUCAAGAAACCACGAAUUCUUCAAGUGGCCUGGUAAGGACGGAGGACUUCAUACUAGUGGACGAAGACGACGACGAUGACUUGAUGGUGGUCGCCGUUUAUGAAGCAGAAAGGGGGCUGCAACUUGAUAAUGCUAACGUCUCUGAAAAUGACAGCCAUGUGAAGGGAGAGAACUCAGUCCUUUCUCCUACCCCAUCAAGUGGGAAGACGUAUCCAGACUUACCUGGGUUUGACAGCUCCUCAGCUAAAGUGUGGAUCUAUCCCACUAAUUAUCCUAUUAGGGAGUAUCAGUUGAAGAUCUCGGAGGUUGCCCUGUUUCAGAACACACUUGUGUGUCUACCCACCGGUCUGGGGAAAACCUUCAUAGCAUCUGUGGUCAUGUACAACUUCUACCGGUGGUAUCCAUCAGGGAAGAUUGUGUUCAUGGCGCCAACCAAACCUCUCGUGGCCCAACAGAUAGAGGCCUGCUAUAACGUGAUGGGAAUCCCUCAGGCGCACAUGGCCGAGCUGACAGGCAGCACAGCAGCAAAGCAGAGACAGGAGGUGUGGAGGUGCAAGCGUGUCUUCUUCCUCACCCCUCAGGUCAUGGUGAACGACCUGUCCAGAGACACCUGCCCAGCCAAGCAGAUCAAGUGUGUGGUGAUCGAUGAGGCUCACAAGGCCUUGGGCAACCAUGCCUACUGCCAGGUGAUCAGGCAGCUUUGUAGCCAGACUCUGGAGUUCCGCAUCCUGGCUCUCAGUGCCACCCCGGGAGGAGACGCCAAAUCGGUACAGUCUGUGAUUUCCAAUUUGCUCAUCUCCCAUAUCGAGCUGCGUUCAGAGGAGAGUCCAGACAUCAAGGCUCAUUCGCACCAACGAAGUGUGGAGAAAGUUGUGGUUCCUCUUGGUGAGGCCCUCUCUGCUGAGCAGGCACGCUACCUGCAGCCGGAUGCACAGGUGGAACGUGACACCUGUAUUUGA